GGACCUUCGCCGCCGAUCAGUCCGUAUACGUACUGCGCGCCGGUCGCUAUGUGAACGGUUCACGCGCGUGUGUGUGACUUGUGUGAUUUUUUUUUCUCUCUCAGAACGCUACGACCGUCACCGAACAUUACCACCGUGCACCUAUGAUACUACUCGUCGUUGGUACAAUAUUUAUUCGUUUGCAAAGCAUGUACAAUACGAUCGUAAUUUAAUUGUUCGUUUACCGUCGUUUUUAAUUUUUGGUUUUUUUUUUUUUUUUGUUCCGUUUUAAGUUUAUUCCGCUUUUUGCGAAUUUUUUUGCUCGUGAGUUACCGAGUUACAGCGCGACGCGUCGCGAUAAAAAUAAUAAUUUUAGUUAAAUAAAAAAAAAAAUCGCUUGUCGUCGAGGACGUCGUUGUCACACGGACAAAGUGCGCGCGCGCCGCGCGUACCCACCGCACUAGCGUGCGGUGCAACAGUGAAUAUUUUAUUUUCUCUAUAGACCGGUGCACAAAAAUCGUUCGCAAUUACGGACCUAACGAUUUACCCGCGCAGUGUUCGGGGCGCGUCGGUUGAAUGUGAUUGGAAAGCGCGGGUGAUGGCCACCACGUACCUGCCGGUGGGCAGCGGUGGCGGCGGCGGUGGUGGCGGCGGAGGCCCUGGCUCCGGUGACCUAGACGGCAUGGGAGGCAUGUCGGUGGUCAACCAGCCAGGCGGCCCGUACCAGCAGCCGUCGCCCUCGCCGCGUGGCGGUAACGGUCAAGACCACCCCGCCGGUGAACUGAAAUACAUGCCACCCGGGCAACACCACCAUCACCACCACCAUCACCACCAAGUUCCUACGUCCCCUUCACCAGUGUCGCUGUCGGCCGCGGCCAGUUGGGUGGACCCGUGGGCCGCGUCCAUGAGCAUGCACCAACACCAUCCGCACCAUCCACACCACCCGCAUCAGGGACUGGACAUCAAACCGCCGCCAGACAUGCGAGCCGUGACCGGCGGUGGCGGUGGUGGCGGCGGUGGCGGCGGCGGAGGCGGCGGAGGCGCGCAGACCUGGCACACGGGACCGCCGCCGCCUGUCGUUUCGGCCGGCCACUACAACGGCAGCGGGUCAGGGUCGCCGCAACUCGGCCACCACGGCGCGUACCACGUGAUGAACGGUAUGCUGGGUCACACGCACCCGGCCGUCCAGAUGCACGGUCACAGCCCGUCUUACCCGCAACAACACGACCCGCAAUCGCCCGGAGGCGAGGAGGACGCGCCUACGUCCGACGACCUCGAGGCGUUUGCCAAGCAGUUCAAGCAGCGCCGGAUCAAGCUUGGCUUCACGCAGGCGGACGUGGGCCUGGCGUUGGGCACGCUCUACGGAAACGUGUUCUCGCAGACCACCAUAUGCAGGUUCGAGGCGUUGCAGUUGUCGUUCAAAAACAUGUGCAAGCUCAAGCCGCUCCUGCAAAAGUGGCUAGAGGAAGCCGACUCGACGACGGGCUCGCCGACCAGCAUCGACAAGAUCGCAGCGCAGGGCCGCAAGCGCAAGAAGCGCACUAGCAUCGAGGUGUCCGUCAAGGGGGCCCUGGAGCAGCACUUCCACAAGCAGCCCAAGCCGUCUGCGCAAGAGAUCACGUCGCUGGCCGACUCGUUACAGCUCGAAAAGGAGGUAGUGCGCGUGUGGUUCUGCAACCGGCGGCAAAAAGAAAAGCGCAUGACGCCGCCAAACACUAUGGGUGGCCCGCAAGACGGCAGUGGCAUGAUGGACGGUGGCCUGGGUGGCGGAGGUGGCGGGCCCAUGGGCCACGGAGGUCUGCACCAGGCCUAUCACCACCAGGACCACGUGAUGCACGGCUCACCGAUGGGACCGCACUCGCACUCGCACAGUCCGCCGAUGCUGUCGCCGAUCGGCAACCAUCAGUCGCUUGCGGCUCAUUAACGUUUCGCCCAGUGGGACGUUGAGUACUCACGGCACCUGGCUAAGAUGCAGCAACAUCAGCAGCAGCACCAGGAAUGCACGUAGUAGAGUACUGUUGUUUACUGUUUCGAACAACGUCUCGCUGAGGGCGAUAUAAAAAAUAUAUAUACGUGUACAUCGCAUCGCAGCAGUACAUGCAGCAUGCGUGUGCGAGUGUGCGUGAUCUUCUCGGCGUAUAAUAAUUUACUACGUUAUAUUUUGGAGAUGAUCACGUGACCGCGCGCGCGAGUUCAGCGCUGUGUGUUGCACCGCGAUGACAUUUAUUAUAUUACCAAUUCGACUAUACAUAAAUAUAUAUAAAUAUAAAUAUAAACUUACAAACGCGGAACAUAUAUACUGAUGAUUAUAUAAAUGAUAUUUCUGUAUUAUAAUACAAGAGAAACGCUCGCCGUAAACUGCACAAAUCGCGGCCGAAGCGAA